AUGUCCUUCGCCAGAUUGAAAAACACACGCAGUAAAAGUGUUCGUUUAGGCCAAAACACGUACGUGCAAACGGAGUAUCAUAUUAGUAAUGAUAAUUCAUCCAACUCCAAAUGGUUGAUUUUCUGGCAAAAAAUCACGAGGGCCAAGAAGAAAAGCUCGGGAACUCCAAAGACUUAUGAUCAUCAGAGUUAUUUGCAGAAUUUCGAUGACGGGCCCCACAGGAUCGAGCCAGAUUAUUUGUACAGGUCUUUCUCAGCCAGAUAUGCUAAUCCUUCAAGAUUUAAAUGUCACGGAAAAGAAUUCAUGUGA